UUGUACAUUGCACACAAUCUGAGCGCUGCUAAGGAGGAAGAGCGUGAGAUAUAAGGAGAAAGAGAGAAUUGUCUGUAACUGAGAUAAGAAGUGUUGUAUAUUGACAAAAGCUCUGCAUGAUGGAGAACAAGUGGAUAUUGCUCGUACACAGAACACAACAUGAAGAAACAGAAAUGACUGGGAAACUGUGUAUAAUAUUCACAAAUGUAUUAAGGAUAAGUCACACGGACUAAUACGAUCAGUUCAUUAUGAUGGAUUCCCUACUGACCAGGCACAUAUUAUUGUUCACGCUUCUCUUCACUGAAACAAGUAGCAAGACAAUUGUUGUCCCUGAAGGUAUAAACACCACAGUGAAACUUAGUAUUGGAGAAGAACUGACUCUGAUUGUGGACUGCAACAUUACGAGUGAGAAUUUUGAAUUUCGAGUGCAUAACAGGACAAAUACAAACAAAACUCCGCUUAUUUCAACUAAAAUAUUUGGAGACUUCAGUGAUGAACUUGGAAAGUAUAAGCUUCAUGUCACCCCCUCCUACGUAGCGUUCACCAUCAAUAAAGUGGAAGAAAUGAAUUUGGUGAUGUACCGCUUACAAGUGGAAAAGCGGGAUGGACUUUGUAACAGCAAUGUGAGAGUCAAAAGUGAAAAUCAUGGUACUGACCCAGAAGCUGCACAAAAGGGGAAAAGAAUCAGCCAUGAAAAUCAUGGUACUGACCCAGAAGCUGCACAAAAGGGGGAAAGCAUCAGCCAUGACAAUGAAGACAGCAGAACAGCUGAGAACAAGAUAAUGCCAGCUGUCUUUAUGCUAAUACUAGCAGUACUGGCUGGUAUAGGGGUAGCUUACUUUUGUUAUAAGAAGAGACGUCAGAGAGAUCCAAGGCAUCUGAUAUAUCCACUCUCUAAUGAUAUUAUGUUAUCUUCUGCUGCAAAAGAGAAUGCACAAGAGGAAACCUCAGCAGAAAAGUCACGACUACAGCUCAUCUGUGAUACAGUGUAAAUCAGGGAAUAUUUGAACGCUACUCACUCAUCACUGGCUUUAUUUAUUGCUGGAAUACUGUAUCAUUCCUUGUGUUUCAUAUAUCCCAUGUAACACAGACUUUCUGUGUAUGCAGAAGAACAAGAAGGAGAUUUUCUCAGUGAGACAGGACUCUACUGAACAAAUUGGCAACACAUGUAUAUAAAAAGGUCCAGAAACUUAAAUGGAAACAAUGGUUUGUUUAUAUUUUUGUGCUAAACUGGCAUUAGAAAAUAUGCCACUCCAAAACCCUCUCUACCUUCAGCAAGGUCCUAUUUGACAACUAGGAACACAUGAAGUAGACCCCCCCCCCCUCCAUUUAUUUGUAAUCAAAUGAAAUAACACAACAUUUUGGAGAGAUUAGGACUGGGAAAAUAUUAUGUCACAGAGCUGUCCCCCUUAUUUUGCUACCCAUCCUAAAGUUUGCAGUCCUAGGCAUAGGCCUAGUUGACCUAAACCAUAAAAACACCCAAGAAUGGAAAUAUUUAUUUCUAGACUGAUGAUAAAUUGCAGCUAUACUUUGCUCAAAGUCUUGAUGGGUUGGAGACAGCUGUAAAUAACAUCCAGGUACAUUCAUUGGCCGUCCAAGAGGACUGUAUGUCGUUUAUGUUAAUGAUUUGUCUCUUUAACAUUUCCCUGGAAAAGGCACUUGCAGAUAGCAUCAAACAAUACACUGAGGUUAAGAUGAAAUAUUUCUUAAUUCCACAGGAUGGCUUAAUAAAUGAAAUACCCAGGAACAUGGAAGUAAAAAAAUUAAGUUUUGGAUCUUUGUACAUAUACCUAUUAAUAUUCUUACCCGGCACAUAAAAAUGAUGUGUCUUGCUAUUUAAUACUCUUGUUGGAUCUUAAAUGUUGUAAAUAUUUGUCAGCCCUUAGCUUUAACUGAGAUGGAUGCAGGUUUGCAAGUCCCUAGAUAAAUAUAAAAGGCCUCCAAUGCCUAAACGCAUACAUAUGUAAACAUAUCUUACUGGCAGCCAAUGAGGUAGAAUAUUUUACUGGAAGCCAAUGAGCUAGAAUAUAUUACUGCUAACCAAUGAGGUAGAAUAUAUUACUGGCAGACAAUGAGGUAGAAUAUGUUACUGGCAGUCAAUGAGGUAGAAUAUGUUACAGGCAGCCAAUGAGGUAGAGUAUGUAACUGGCAGCCAAGACAUAAAAUGACUGGUCAGUGAUGAAAAAUAUCAUCAUGGGGGGGCAUUGUAUGACCCCAGCUCUCAGUGUGCACCGUCACCGACAGAUUGACCAGUAUUUUUGUGGAGGACAAUUGGCAACCCUCGAUGGAAGUCAAGCUUAAAGUGAAUGUCAACUUUCAAGAAUGAGUGCCCGGUUUUUAAAAAAUACUAUUAAAAACAGGGGCACUUUCAUUCAUGAAAGUUUAAAUUUCACCGGUAUUGUUAAAAUACUUACCUUUUCUUCUUGAAGCCGGAGAAGCGAUUCCCCCUCCU